AUGGAACAAAUUCUAUUUGAGAAUUGGAUGCCAAUGACAGUUGGACCUUUCAUCGGAUCUUGGUUUGCCAUAUUUGUUAUUGCAAUACUCUACGAAGGAUUAAAAACAUUUCGUGAAUAUCUUUUAAGACGAGAAGCGCGCAGAGAAUUUACAGAAACAGAAAAUCGACGAAAUGCAUUACUACAGAAUAGUGGAGGGGAUUAUGAACCUCCACUGAGUGAUCAAACGCCAACAAUCAAUAUAGAAAGGAGGGAGGGAGGCAAAGGUUCUGUGUCACCCUGUAGAUUAGAGCCUGAGGAGACAGGUAAAUUAAAAAAUCUUGCACAUACUACUACAACAUUCUGAAAAAUAUGCAAAAAGUUGUCAUUUUCUAAAAUGACUAUUUUUUAUCUCAGAUUUUUCACUUUUUCCGAUAAUAUGUUCAGAAAGCUUUUAGACCUUCCCAUGCCCGAGAUACUUUGUUUUUUUGAAAAGCUCGACACAGGGCGGUUAGAGCGAAAUUUCCGCGGUCGGGACUACUUGAAAAACUUUCUUCUCUUGAAUGGUGCUAGGAAAGCCAGCUAUCGAACGCUAUCACCCUCAUCCUUCCAAAAGUUUUAUUGGGCGACAAAAAGCAAUAUUCUUCGCUGUACGGAUAAUUUUGGCUCACUAAAAGAAACAAAAUGUUUUAGUUUUCACAGAACUAAAACCACGUUGAAUUUUAAACUGAUUCUUUUACAGAUAUAGUAGACAUGCCGUGAAACAGUUGCGUGGAAACCCCGUGCCGAAAUAUUGCCUCCUUAGAAAGUUAUGAUUCAUUUACUCCGAAACUACAUGGUGCACGGAUAAUUUUGGGCGCACCUGUAGUACUUUGUGGCUUAAAACGUUUCUCAGGAGAAAUAAAAAUUAAUUAUCAUCACAUGAAACUACUUGAAUACUCUCAUUCUAAGUCGACACGUGUGAAGUUAUAUUUGUUUUGAAUCAAACGAACUUAUUUGUUCAUAUUCUGUCUUUAAUUUUAGUGCCCGUUUAUUUAGCGCAGCACAUAUAAUUCAAAGUCUUUUGCACAUAGUCCAAAUGGCAAUUAGUUAUUUGCUGAUGUUAGUAGCCAUGACAUUCAAUGUUUAUUUGUUUCUGGCCAUUGUGGUUGGUUCGGGUGUUGGUCAUUUCUUAUUUGCGUGGAACCGGUCAUCAGUGAUUGAUCGUAAUGAACAUUGUCACUGAAGUGAAAGAAAAGAGCAGUACGUGUUUAUAUCUUGUUCAUAAACUUUUUCUGUGAUCUCUUUUUGCUAAAAUCAUGAUAUAAUGAUUCGUUUUGUCUGCAGUUCAUCUAAUAAUAGGUUAUUUUCUGGUUUACUCAUUAAGUUUAUACCAUGUACAUAGCUGUGAUUUGUCCAUUUAGUUAACUGAUAUCAAAACUGAAAUAUUGUUCAAAUUUUACGUUUUGUGAGUAUAUUAUGUGAUACGUAGAGUACGAAUAAAAAUAAUUGAAGUAGAGCUCCAUCAUGUCAAACUGCUAAAACGAACUAGUCGUUGGAUAAUGGUUGUAUAUUGGUUGACCCACUAUAGCAAACGAUAUGAACAAAUAUUCUCCUGUAAAAUAUCUUUACUUUAAAUUAGUUUUUUCUUUUUUACAUUCGAGUUCUAUUCUAAAUAGGGCGUCAAUAAUAACUUUGAUUUCAGGCGGUGAUUUCUAUCAAAUUUCAUAACUCUGCUCAAAGCCGUCUAUUUGAUUUGUUUUUCAUUUUGUUAUUAAUUACUCUGAAAUUAUUUUUUGUGUUUGGUGACAAAUAAGUAAAACCUGAUCAAACUUCUGUCUAGUAUUUUUUUAUUGAUGUUUCUCUUGUUUUUUGCAAUGAAAAAAAUAAUGCAUUUGUUUUAGUUUGCUGUUGGCGACCUCUUGCAGAUAAUCACUGGAUGCGUCUACCUUCUGGGACGUUUGGGGCAGAAUGCCUCAAACAAAAGUAGCUGGGACGCUUUUUUGUUGAAAAAAUUCAUUUUCUAGGUGGUGGACUGAAGGUUCGACCUUCUGAGGUGGUACAAAAGGCCU